UCCUCCAAACCCUCAUAUAGAGCACUGUCAGUGUGUCAGCGAUGCCGAGCAAACCUGCACCUAUGAAAAAGUCUCCAGCCAAAAAGGCUGCAGCGAAAGCACCUGAGCCUGCUCCAGAACCAGAACCGGCCCCGCCUGCUGAGGCACCGGCCGAGGCAGCACCUGCUAAAAUUGAGGAGGGAGCACCUGCCGCCCCCGCAGAGGACGCCCCUGCAACUGAGGGACCUGCUCCAGCUGCUGCCCCCAUUGCUGAAGACAGUGCUCCUCCUCCUGAUGCAGAUGCUCCAACAGAUGCCGUUCCAGCAGAAGCUGCUUUAGUCGAGGAGCCUCCCAAAGCCCCCACACCGCCUCCUCCUGCAGUCCCCAGCAGUGCUCCUCUGGAUGUUUCUGUGGAUGAUGUGAAUGACUCCAGCCUCACCAUUAAGUGGAAAACACCAGAGACUGUUGGUAGCUCAGGCUUGAGCGGAUACGCUGUCGAGUACCGCAAGGAUGGAACGACAGACUGGAUUGUGGCUAACGAGGAGUUGACCUUGGCUGACCGCUACUGUAUCAGGAACCUGACAGCCGGCGACCUGCUGCAUGUGCGCGUUGUGGCUGUAAACCCAGGCGGCCGCAGUGAACCGGGGGUGCUUCAGGAGCCUGUGCCGAUCCGUGAGCUCGGAGAUAGACCCAGGAUCCGCUUGCCUCGCUCACUAAGAACCUGCUACGUAAAGAAGGUUGGAGAUCAGAUCAACCUGGUCAUCCCGUUCAUUGGGAAGCCCAAACCCACAGUGUCCUGGCUGAAGGAUGGCCAGCCUUUGGAUACGAAGAGGGUCAACAUCAGGAACAGCGACAGGGACAGCAUCUUGUUCAUCCGUGGCGCUCAGAUGGAUGACUCUGGCGUUUAUGAGAUGACACUGAAAGUGGAGAGCAUUGAAGACAAGGCCACGGUCACCCUGCAGAUUGUGGACCUCCCUGGUCCACCCACUAGUGUGAAGUUAGUAGACGCGUGGGGCUUCAACGCUGCCCUGGAAUGGACUCCUCCAAAGGACAACGGCAACUCAGACAUCACCGGAUACACGGUCCAGAAGGCCGACAGGAAGACUGGGGAAUGGUUCACAGUGCUGGAGCACUACCACAGAUUAACGGCCACCGUCUCAGACCUCAUCAUGGGCAACUCAUACCUGUUCAGAGUGUUUUCUGAGAACCAAGUUGGGAGGAGUGAGAAAAGCGCUGUGACAAAGAAGCCGGCAACAAUUCCCAAAAAAGGUAUCGUCUACAAACCUCCUGAGUACCAGGAGCAUGACUUCAGCGAAGCACCGAAGUUCACCACGCCCCUCAUUGACCGCGCAGCCACCGUGGGAUACACUACCAAGCUGCUGUGUUCGGUUCGAGGAUGCCCCAAGCCAAAGAUUGAGUGGUUGAAGAACCAGAUGAUCAUUGGAGAUGACCCCAAAUUUCGUCAGAUUUCCAAUCAGGGCAUCUGCUCCCUGGAGAUCCGCAAGCCCUGCAGCUUUGAUGGUGGUGUGUACACCUGCAGAGCCAAGAAUGCCCAGGGGGAAGCCAUGGUCUCCUGCAAGCUGGAGGUCAAACAGGUUAUUCUUCCAGAGGGUAAAGAAAAAGGAAAAUAAGAAAAAAGUGAUUUGAAGAAGCAGCAGAUGUCCGGGUCUUAAGAUUGUUAGAGUAAGUGAGUGAAGAUACUGCAGCUGGCUGUGCAGCAGCUUGGAGGUGAUGAAGGUGGAGACAGAGCAACAUGCCGACAUUCAUGUAUUUAUUUGAAAACUAAACAUCCUGACUGGCCUUCUCCUUAUAAAAAUCUGAGACAGGCACAUAUUACACCAAUCGUUUUCAUCUCAGUUUAGCAAAUGUAUUUUAGACAGAGACAUCUGUGCAAAAACUAUGUUUACCACUAUUUUCCAGCUUGCAUCUAGAUUUAACAUACAAUAAAACAAAAUUGAUUCAUCAGAUGGGCUAUUGCAAUAACUCAUGUUAAUAAAAAGUGUAUUUUAUUACAA